UUUUUUUGUGUUUUUCAUGUUCAGGCGUUCGCGCUCGCCCGCGCGCUUCGGUCGUUGCUCGGGAGCUGCGUUCUUGUGCAUAUUGCAUGCGCUACAGGGAGGAGAGGUCACACCCACAGGCCUGGGGGACGGGGGCGCCCGCGCGCCCUCGGCCCAUUCGCCUGUUCCGGGGUGUGGCGCGUAGAUUCUUUGCGGGUUAUGGAUGCGGGUCUGCGUGGCGUUUUGCUCGGUGCCGGCCCAACGUUCCUUUGUUGCCGGUCCGUCGGGAUCAUCAAUCGAUGAUCUUUAUCCAGGCGCCCCGCCCCCGUCUUCAAUUUGUACUCUGUAAGUAUGGUCCGGCAAACAUGUCUCUAGAUCGUCCCCAAGGUGGCGGUGGGCAUCUAUGAUUGUGUUUGUGUUAUUUCUCUAUCAACACGCAACGCCACUAAGGCUUAGAAUCGAACUGAUUUAAAUCAUCAUCGCGCAACGCUAC